AUGGAUUUUGGUGUUGUAACUUCACUACUAGGAAUAGUAGAGCAACUUCUUCUUCAGAAACCCUCACUACUAGUAGUUGAGAAAAAAGAAGAAGAGAAAAAGCAAUUGAAUUCAGCAAUGGCUUGUGUUGUUGUAAAUAGUCUACUAGGAAUAGUAGAUCAACUACAACUUCUUCUUCAGAAACCCCCACUUAAUAAUCCUCUUUUGAUUCUUCCUGAUGAUGCUCAAAUGAUCCUAUCCGCCUUAAAGGACAAGCUCCAUUUCCUGCAAGCCUAUCUUGACAAUCCCGAUCGCGAUGAGGCAGUGGAUAAAGAAAUCAGAGAUGUUGCAAUGAAAGCAGAAGAUGAAAUUGAAUCCAAGCUGGGAGAAGUUUACUUGGCGGCUAACCAGGGUGAGGGUGAGGGAGUAGCAAUAAAGGCUUGUGAAGAUCUUCAUCGGAGCUUGCAGCAAGUAGUCAAGGAUUUUGAGUCUGUUGAAGUGCGCAUCAGAGAUAAUCUGCAGCAAAUAACACUACAUACUACCUCCUCCUCCUCAUCAUCCUCAUCCUCAUCAGAGAACAUAACGGUAGGAGUAGAAGAUGAUGUUGAGUAUAUAAAAGAUAUGCUCCUCAUUCAAUCAUCUUCAUCCAGACAACAACUACAAGUGGUUUCGAUUUGCGGAAUGCCAGGCACCGGAGUCACUACUUUGGCUAAAACCGCUUAUGAAGAUCCAUUCAUUGUGUCUCACUUUGACAUUCGAGCAUGGACGGUUGCAUCUCGACCAUACACUAGGAGAAAGCUACUCAUUGCCAUUUUAGGUUCUAUUGUGUCGUCAUUCACAACCGAGAUCUCCAACAAAGACGAUAACCAGCUAGCUCAACAGCUCUGCAAAAUCCUGACGGGCCAAAGAUCAGAGAGUGGCUCGUUCUCUUAG